CAGAAGCUGCCAAGCGGCGAGGGGGGGCCAGGCUGGCCCGAGCCCCGGCCCGGCCCCCGCCCGCCCCGCCAGCGAUAAAAGGCGGCGGCGGCGGCGCCGGGCAGCAGCUGCAGCGGAGCGGCCGCGACAGCGACAGCACCGGCGACAGCUCCAACAUCCAACACAGCUCCGCAGCAACACCGCAGCGCUCCCUGCACAGCCCGGCCCCGCAGCAACACCCCCGAACUGACGCCUAAACCUGCUGCUGCUGAACCAAAAUGGAAACCAUGCACGAGCUGAUCCCCUUCGCCAAGGAAAUGCUCAGCCAGAAGCCCAACAGGAAGAUGGUCAAGCUGUACAUGCUGGGCAGCGUGCUGGCCUUCUUCGGGGUGGUCAUCGGCCUGGUGGAGACCGUGUGCAGCCCCUUCAGCUCCCAGGGCGGGCUGCAGGAGGAGGAGGAGGACAGGAGGAAGGCGGCGGCGGCCCGGGAGCAGCGGCUGCCGCAGACGAGGGAGGAUUUGGUGCCGGACAAGGGCAAGGCGCGGCCGGCGCUGCAGCGGGCGCUGGUGACCCGGCACCACGCGUCCUAGGCCGGGCAGCGCCGCCGCAGGGCCCGCCCGGGGGUUCCAGCUCGGAGGAGGCUGAAGGAGACCGCACGGCAGAGACUCGGCACACGGGAGGGGUUAUAUUUGCUGCUGUGCAGCAGUGGGGAAAAAUACCUUUUGUUGGUAUGAACCUGUGCACGACGCACAGCACGGUUUCUUAUUUUUCUUAAGGACGCGUUUUACACCAUUUUGCAAGAUCAAUAAAUAUUUUAUAUGGUA